AUGCGCACUGGCGAGGACCACGGCGCGUCAGAUGGCGCAGAGGAUGCAUCGCUGCUGAGGCGGCCCAACACGCGCAACACCCUCUGGAGCUAUAUUGGACAGGAGGUAGAGAUCAAGUACACGGUCACGCUGCGAGAGAAGAUGCUGACAGCGGACCCCAGCAAGGCGAUACGCGCCCAGCCUUUCAAAGGGUCACAUCAUGGCGGGCAACAUGUGGUCGUGAGCUUCCCAGGUGUUCAUGGAGAUGCGUGGAACAUUCUGACAGGGCAAGAUGAAGAGUUCCAACGGCGAUCUCUUCCCAGCUUCACAACAACCUGUGUCUUCCUGCCGAAAAGGGAGCACGGUCUGUUUGAACAUGGAAAGCAUGCGUGCUACUGCGAUGUCCUCGCGAAGAAUUCUGAGAAGCCGAUUCCCGAGGUCGAUGGUGAGAAGAUCGGGUGCUUAUGGUACGAAAUCUGGACGGCGAACACACAACAGGCUUACGGCAAGUCCGAUGUUGCAGAUUAUCUCGUCGUGACGAAGUUGGAUGGCACACUCGGAAACUCACAAAGAGCGGAAAAGAAGUUCUUGGAGCAAAGUGGGUGCGACUUCAAGACAAUCAGCAUCGAGCAGUUUGCAGACCUCGCCAUUAACAGCGUGGAUGCCUUUAAUGUGUCUGAGGUUGUUCGCGUCAAGGUUGCAUACCGUCUCAAGACGUGUUCCAUUCUAGUUUUGUUAAUGUUAGUUCUACUACUCUGCCUACCCCUCCUCAUUCUCCUAAAGCCUGAAAAGGCUGUUUGA